AUGGACUCCACGCUGGCCCCGCGGCCACGGCCACGCCCGGCACACACGCAGGGCAUCACGCGCUGCGCCUACACGCCCGACGGCGCGCGGCUCGUCACCGUCGGCUCCAACAACACGAUCCGGCUGUACGCGACUGGCUCCGACGGCGAGCCAACCAACAUUGACGACUGCCAGGAGCAAAACGUGGCCGUCGCCGCGUCGGCGUCGUCCUUUGUCGUCGGCUCCGAGGACGGCACCGUCAGCCUCUUCUCGCUCGCCGAGGCCAGCUUCCAGCGGUUCCUGCUGCGCACCUCGCUGCCCGUCCGCGACGUCUGCCUGUCCCCCGGCGGGCUGUGGUGCGCCGUCACCAGCGACGAGCUGACGGUCAAGAUUGUGCACACGCAGGACACCACCCGCGUGCGGCACCUGCGCGAGCACGCCCGGCCCGCGCGGCACGUCGCGUUUGAUCCGCAGGGGAGCACUGUCGCGCUGUCGGGCACCGACGGCAUCGUGUACGUCUACUCGCUGACGGCCGACGAGCCGGAGCUGAUCCGCACCAUUGACGGCGUCAUCCCCGCCCUCGACGCCGACAGUACGGCCACGUCCAGGGUGGUGUGGCACCCCGACGGCCGCGCCUUUGCGGUGCCCACGGCCACGCGCGACAUCCAGGUGCUGUCCAAGAACGACUGGGAGAAGCAGCGCUGCUUCGCUGACGGCCAUCUCGGGGCCGUCACCGCGCUCGCGUGGUCGCCCAACGGCGCCCUGCUCGCGUCCGCCGGCAAGGACGGCAAGCUGCUCAUCUGGGAGACGAGGACGCAGAGCGUGCUGCAGCGGUACGACUUUGCCAACGUCGUCGACUUUUGCUGGCACCCGCGCAAGAACAUCGUCUCCUUCACCACCUCCGACGGCGAGGUCUAUAUCUACCCCGAUUUCCUUGGCGAGGCAUGUGCGCCGCUGCUCAAACUGCCCCCUCAGCCGGCGCCGUUUAUCCACGACCCCCUAUCCGAAAUCUCCGGCAACAGACGUGUGCCGCCCGCCGCCGCCGCCGCCGCCAAGCAGCACGACCUUCCUACGCGUGCGCGCCGCGAAUCCUUUGGCAGUCUGGACUCAUAUCUCGGCGGCGGCCCCGACGACGACGACUUUGUAGUCGACGACGACAAUGCGGGCUACGCGCAGCCAGGCCUACUCAAGCGCGGACGGGACCACGACGGCGACGAUGCGCACACCGGCCGCGCCAGCAAGCGCCGACAGAUACAAGAACCGGUCUACCACGACGCCUUUCAGCCAGGCUCGACGCCAUGGCAGGGCAACCGCAAGUACUUGUGCCUCAACCUCGUCGGCUUCGUGUGGACCGUAGACCAGGACGCCCACCACACCGUCACCGUCGAGUUCUACGACCACGAGCUGCAGCGCGACUUUCACUUUACCGACACCUUUCGCUACGAUAAGGCCUGUCUCAAUGAGAGCGGGUCCCUCUUCUCCUGCCCGCCGUCCGACGAGGACCAGCAGCCGGCUACGAUAUACUACCGCCCGCACGAGAGCUGGACGCAGCGCCUCGACUGGCGUAUCGAGCUGCCCCGCGGCGAGGCCGUCACGGCCAUGUCGCUCAGCGACUCUUUCAUCACAGUCACCACCGAUGCCAGCUACGUCCGUGUGUAUACCCUGUUUGGCAUGCCCUACCGCGUGUACCGCCCCAAGAGCGCGCCUAUGGUGACGUGCGCCAGCUGGCGUGACUAUGUCCUGACGGUGGGCAACGGACCGGUUGGACCGGACGGCAACACCCGGCUGCUGUAUACGAUUGAGAAUGUCAAGCGUGACGAAAUCUGUCAGAACGAGGAUACGCUAGCCCUGCCGCCGGGGGCGACACUGAAGAGCGUGUUCUUCUCCGAUAGUGGCGAUCCCUGUAUAUACGACUCAACGGGCACGUUACUGGCGCUGCUGCACUGGCGCCAGCCCUCUCGCGCCUGCUGGGUGCCUCUUCUCGACACCAAGCUGCUGCCGCGUCUUGCCUCUGGCCGUAAGCAUGAGACAUACUUUCCUAUUGCCGUGGCCGAUGACAAAUUCCACUGCAUUAUUCUCAAGGGCGGCGACAAAUACCCAUACUUUCCUCGUCCUCUGCUCUCCGAGUUUGACUUUUCCAUCCCGCUCUCGUCACCGCCCAAGGCAAAGGAACCGAAGCCGAAGAAGAAGAAACAGCCUCGCGAAGACGGUGAGGAUCUCGGCAGCGAAGUCGAAGAGGCCUCGGACGAAGAGAUGCAAGACGACGACGAUGGCGAGGAAGAGGUGGAAGAAUUGUCAGAGACCAAGAAGCUCGAGCAGGCGUUUAUGCUCAAGGGAGUGCAGGCCGCGCAGGCGCGUGACGUACUCGACGCGACAACGGGCGGCCACGCGCAGCGCAGCCUGCUGGCACGACUGGAGCUGGAAAUGGACAAGACGCUGCUGCAGCUGCUGGCGGUGGAGUGUCGAGAGGGCGAGGAGCGCGGGAUGCGGGCGCUGGAAAUGGUCAAGUUGAUGCGCGACCGCACAGGACGCAUGAUGGAGGCGGCCGGCAAGGUGGCGGAGCGGUACGGGCGCACUAUUCUGGGCGACAAGAUUCGCGAGGUGGGCGAGAAGAGGGUGUCAGGGGAGGACGACGACUUCUAA